AUGAAUCGUAUGGAGGUCUUCCAGAGAGAGCGAGCCAUUAAGCAUUGGGAGGACUCACCCGAGUUGAGUGUCGCCAGUCGCGAGAGGGAGGUCGGGGCAGGGUUGAAACUCCGGACCUUGGAGCAUACCCCUCCCAAGGAACCUUCGAAUGUGUCGCCAGCCACCUACUUCGGCGUCCGAUGA